AUUAACUAACAUAUUUGAUCACUACAUAGCAAUAUUGAUCAUGUCCGGUGGCAGAGUUGAGCCAGUGAAGGUGGUGAUUAUUAACACCCAGUAUGUGGAGACGGAUGCUACGAGCUUCAAGUCGGUGGUGCAGAAGCUGACCGGAAAAGAUUCGAGGGUGGCGGCUGACUGUAGUGGUUCAGGCUAUGGAGAUGGUCAGUCAGGAAGCGAUUUGGCUUUGAUGAGGGAUGUGUCGUUUAAGGAGUUCGGAAGGCUACUGAAGGAGAUACCGAAGGUGGAUGAGUAAUGUGAGUUUAUUGAUUGACAUCGAUUCAAUGAACAAAUAUUCACUUUAUGUAUUACUCCCUCCGAUCUGAUUUAUAGGCUUAUGAAUUCAUUUUUCUCAUAUACUAAUAUUUCUUUAAUUCAUUUAUUAGAUACACAUAAAUGUUUUAUUAUUCUUGGAUAUAUUGUAUUAAUCUUAUUCAAAGUAGGUACUUUGAAAUAUAUUGGACCCAGAUCUCACGCUAAUUAAUUUCUUAGUUUGUGCUCUAGGUAUUGUAUCAAGAAUUCCAUUAACGCAAAACACAUUCAUGUUGAUAGGAUGUUUCUAAUUUUCUUGAUCAAGCCUUAAUCGCUCUAGAAGGACAAUUAAUCCAAGAGUUUUGGCAUAGAUACCAAGUCCUCUUGGCUUCUGAUGUUUAUUGGCAUGAAAUAGAAUUUUUGGAAAUCC